AUGCUUGUAUCACCCCCGAAACCGACCUGGUUCCCAGCCGCCCUUUCGCUAACGCUAUUCGCACAACCAACCCCGCUGCAGCCCGCAAUGAAGUAUGUGGAGAGCUCUGAUCUAGGUAGACUGAGCGCCAAGCUCACGUUUGCUACCGUGGACUCCCAAGUGGCGUGUGGCAUAGAUCUCUUUACCACCAAGCCCGCCGCGUCGGAUAGAAGAUUGUUGCGCACCAUCGAAAGCCAGUACGACGUGAAGCCCGGAGACGACGAUGAGGCUGCCGUAGAGUUUGUCGACAGCAGAAUGUACGGCAUGUCCAUUGGUAGCCUGGGCGCCGAAACGACGACGUCCCCGCAAUUGCUGUCCCCACCCUCAAGCUUAGAUCGGCAACGACGGUCUUCUUCCAGCCUGCCCUUUUCACCGUUUGGCCCCCUGGACCAAGGCUCGAGCCGCAAACAAUAUGCAUACCUCAUUUCCGUUCUUAACGCAAGUGACCCCGACCGCGACUUUUCGUCGCUAUCUCCAGACAAUUUCACCCGCGAAAGCUCUCUUUCAAAGGUGAUUCACGGCUUCAAUAAUAUCCUGGUUGGCCUAGGAUCCACUACUCCGUCCGGGAUGUGGGACAUCCUCGAUAAGCACAUCGACUUUAAAGACUGCAAAAUGUACUCCCUCGAUCUCCCGCCAAACUUCUUGCAGGACGAUCCUGGCGUGACCUGGUGUAAAAUGUGGUUCUUUUUCAACAAACGUCGAAAACGUGUCGUCUUCAUCCACCUGAGAACCUCAAGACUCUACUCUCCGGAACUUAAACCCGACCAGAACGAAGACUAUGACCUUGAAAACGACGAUGUGCCGGUUCUUGGAGAGCUUGAGGAGUGA